AUGACUUUCAAGGAUGCGCUGCUAAUGCGCAACGUCAACUACCGGGGCCACCUCUACGACCGGUUCCCCAAAAUCUACAACAUCUACGUCGUGGGCAUGGUGGCGUGCAUCUCCGGGCUGAUGUUCGGGUUCGACAUCUCGUCCAUGUCGUCGAUGAUCGGCACCGUGCACUACAAAAACUACUUCAACAACCCGAACUCCACGGAACAGGGCGGGAUCACGGCGGCGAUGUCUGCCGGGUCGUUUGCCGGGUCGCUGGUGUCGUCGCACUUUUCCGACGUGUUUGGGCGCCGUGUCUCGCUGCACCUGUGUGCCUCGCUGUGGAUUCUUGGCGCGAUCAUCCAGUGCGCGUCGCAGAACGUGGCGAUGCUGGUCGCGGGCCGUGUCAUCAGCGGCAUCGGGAUAGGGUUCGGCUCGUCUGCCGCGCCCGUGUACUGCUCCGAAGUGUCGCCGCCACGCAUCAGAGGCACCAUUUGCGGGCUGUUCCAGUUCAGCGUGACGCUGGGAAUCAUGAUUCUGUUCUACGUGGGCUACGGCUGCCACUUCAUCAACGGCGCCGGCGCCUUCCGCGUCACCUGGGGGCUCCAGAUCGUCCCGGGCUUGGUGCUGUUGAUCGCGACCUUCUUCUUGCCCGAAUCGCCCCGCUGGCUCGCCAACCACGACCGCUGGGAAGAAGCGGGCGAGGUCGUGGCCCGCAUCGGCGCCAACGGAGACCGUGAAGACCCCCAGGUCAAACUGCAGAUCGAAGAGAUCAAGGAACAGGUCAUCCUGGACCAAAAAGCCGUGAGUUUUGGCUACCGCCAAUUGUUCCGCAAGAAGACCAUCAACAAGACCAUUGUCGGGGUGUGCGCCCAGAUGUGGCAGCAGCUGUGCGGCAUGAACGUGAUGAUGUACUACAUUGUGUAUAUUUUCGAAAUGGCGGGCUCUUCCGGAAACACCGUGCUGGUCUCGGGUUCCAUCCAGUACGUUUUGAACGUGGUCAUGACCAUCCCCGCCCUGUUCCUCGUGGACAAAGUCGGCAGAAGACCGGUCUUGAUCACUGGCGGUAUUUUCAUGUUCAUCUGGCUAUUCGUCGUUGCCGGUCUCUUGGCCAACUACUCGGUCCCCGCUCCCGGCGGAUUCGACGGCGACGACACCGUCAGAAUCAGAAUCCCCGACUACAAUGGUCAUGCCGCCAAAGGUGUCAUUGCUGCCUCCUAUCUGUUUGUAUGUUCUUUUGCUCCUACCUGGGGUAUCGGUAUCUGGAUCUACUGUUCCGAGAUUUUCAACAACAUGGAGAGAGCCAAGGGUUCCGCUCUGUGUGCUGCCGUCAACUGGGCCUUCAACUUUGCCCUCGCCAUGUUCGUGCCAUCCGCCUUCCGCAACAUCACCUGGAAAACCUAUAUCAUCUUUGGAGUAUUCUCCGUGUGCCUUACCAUCCAGACCUACUUCAUGUUCCCCGAAACCAAGGGUAAGACUUUGGAAGAAAUUGAUCAAAUGUGGGCCGACAACAUUCCUGCCUGGAAGACUGGUUCUUACAUUCCAGAAUUACCUGUAAUUGAGGAUGAGGAAGGUAACAAAUUGGGUUUGCUCGGUAGAGCUCAGCACAUCGAAAAUUCAAAAUCGGAAAAGCCUUUGUUUGAACACGAAGAAAGUAUUCAAAACAGUACCAGUCGCAGUAAUUAG